CGGAGAACUUCCGGGUAUAUGGGCUCCUGUGGCAGCUGGUGCUCCUCCGUGAGCAGCAGGUUCUCCAGCAGACGUGAAGACGGAGGAGGAAGAGAGGGCCGCACCCCACAGCCCUGGGGACAGGCGUCUCAUCCACAUAUGGAGGCUGAAUUUGAACUUGCCAUCCUCCUGACUCAGCCUCCCAGAAUGUUGGGAUCACAGAAACACUUUGUGUUUUCAGGAGUGAAAACAGCUGUGAAGUCUCUCAAGACCCUUUCUGCUCCCAAGUGCCAGCUCCAAGGUCCAUUACCUGGCUGUUGGGAAAUCCAGAUGGUCUCUGGUCCCCCUGGCUUGCGGCCUCAGGCCCCCCAAGUUCUCCUGCCUCUCAGCACAGGACCCACCCUGUGGUCCUGCUUCCCAGGUAAGGGCCCUGGGUGCAGCAGACUCCUCUCAGUAAACAGAUUCUGCUGCUGGCCACCUCCCAGGCAGCCUUUCCCUGCCUGUAGACUCGCAUCCCUAGCCCCAGGACCAGAUUCCCUAUCAAGGAUGGUUUACUGGAAGCCGAGCCCUGAGGCUCCCCAACCAGGCCAAAGGCACACUGGCAGCCUGACCUGCCCUCAAUCGUGCAGGAGACGUUCGAUUGGCACCCCUGCCAAGGCCUCCCUGUAGUACUGCACCCUAAAUUCAUUUGUCCAGAACGGUCCCCUCUCAGCUUCCCGAAGUGGAAGGCAACGCCCCUGACCCAGAGUCGGAACCAACAGACCUCAAGG